AUGGGUUGGCUCGCGCCUGUCGUCAUCAGAGCCAAAAUUCUGAUCCAGACGACGUGGCUUCAACGGCUGGAUUGGGACUCUCCGCUGCCUGAUCAGGACGCACACCGCUGGAGGCAGUUGUUGGAUCAGCUUCCUCUAUUGGAUAACAUCCGUGUAACUCGCUGGCUCAACACCGGGGACGACCAUUCGCAACUGCAGCUCCAUGGGUUUGCCGACGCUUCAGAGCGAGGAUACGCCGCCGUGGUGUACAUCCGCAACGCUGCAACAGAAAAAACGUCAAUCAACCUAUUGAUGGCAAAAUCGAAGGUCGCGCCUGUCAAGCAGGUGUCGUUACCUCGCUUGGAACUCUGUGCAGCAGCUCUACUUACCACGCUCAUGCUCCACGUGCGCGCUACUCUCGGUUUGACAACGACGCCGGUGCAUCUGUGGUCAGAUUCAAGGGUCACACUUCAUUGGAUCCGCGGACACAGCACUCGUUGGAAAACCUUCGUCGCCAACCGAGUAUCUCAGAUCCAGACCCUGCUUCCAGACGCUCAAUGGAGACACGUCGCUGGACGAGAGAAUCCUGCAGAUUGCGCAUCGCGCGGUGUUACUACUCCUGCUGAAUUAAUCAUCAUGAGUUGUGGUGGACAGGACCUACCUGGCUCUCAGGAGACGAGACUGCAUGGCCGGGUUCAAACAUCGACGUCCCAGAGGAUGACCUCCCGGAGCAGCGAGCCACCGGUCUGGCUGCUGCGGGUUACGGCAUGGUGUCGGCGAUGGCUCAAUAAGGCGAGACGUGACGCCAUACCUGGCCGUCUAUUGCAUCCGGACGAGCUGGACGUCGCCUUAUUUCGAUGGCUGCGAGUGGUGCAGGCGCUCCACUUUCCUACGGACGUAGCUGCGGCUUCUGCUGGACGCACUAGCCCACCACGAAGCCACCUAGCGAUGUUGAGUCCGGUCCUCGAUGAUCAAGGCGUGCUGCGCGUCGGAGGACGUCUCAAACAUGCUCAGCUACCACUCGACGAGAAACAUCCAAUGAUCAUCCCGGCGGCAUCAUGGUUGACUCGGCUGGUGAUCGAUUCCUGCCACCGACGGACGCUGCACGGAGGUGUGCAACUGACUCUCGGCCUGCUCCGCCUGCGCUUCUGGGUGCCUCGAGGAAGGACUACCGUCAAACAGCAGCUACACCGAUGCAUAACCUGCACUCGAUGGCGCGCCGCCACACCACAGCCUCCGAUGGGUAACCUUCCUCGGGAGCGAGUAACGCCAACUCGACCGUUCCUCAGCACCGGCUUGGACUACGCGGGACCAAUCCUCCUCCGGACCAGCAAGGGGCGUGGACACCGUGCGCACAAGGGCAUCACUCACUACACGAUCAUCACGUCAUGCACCAUAUCAACUGUCACGCUUCACUCAUUUCACUCACCACCUCACUAUAACACUUGUCUCGUUUUCACCGCUCACUGCAUCGGUCACUCGCCGUUCACAUCUGCCACAUACUUUCGCCGUUUCAGCUGA